AUGACUUUGUGGAAUGGGGUUUUUCCUUUCUACCCCCAGCCCCGACAUGCCGCCGGCUUCAGCGUCCCGCUGCUCAUCGUCAUUGUGGUGUUCUUGGUCUUGGCUGCCAGCUUCUUGCUCAUCUUGCCGGGCAUUCGUGGCCACUCGCGCUGGUUCUGGCUGGUGAGAGUUCUUCUCAGUCUGUUUAUAGGAGCAGAAAUUGUGGCCGUGCACUUCAGUGCGGAAUGGUUUGUGGGCAGAGUCCACACCAACACUUCCUAUAAAGCCUUCAGCGUGGAUCGAGUUCAAGCGCAAGUCGGUCUGCAUGUGGGCUUGGAGGGCAUCAACAUCACACUAACAGGUAACCGGCUGCAGCAGUUGAAUGAAACCAUAGACUACAACGAGAGGUUCCGCUGGCGUUUUGGGGACAACUACGCGACGAGGUACGAACGGGCCCUGGUGAAGGGGCUGCCCGACCCAGUGCUCUACUUGGCCGCGAAGUUCACCCCGGACAGCCCUUGCGGCCUGGGGGGCCUCUUACCCGUCCAGUACCGCCUGGCCGGCCACUAUGCCUCGGCCACACUUUGGGUGGCCUUCUGCUUCUGGCUGCUGUCCAACGCGCUGCUGUCCAUGCCGGUGCCCCUCUAUGGGGGCCUGGCGCUGCUCCUCACCGGCGCUUUCGUGCUCUUCGGGGUCUUCGCCUUCGCCUCCAUCUCCAGCACACCGUCCUGCCCCUUCCACCUCGGCUCCUCGGCCCUCAUCGCGCACUACGGGGCGGCCUUUUGGAUCUCACUGGCCACCGGCAUCCUGUGUCUCCUCCUGGGCACCGCGGUGGCGAGUCUCCACUACAUUCGACCCAGCGCGCUGCGCAUCUUCUUGGAUCAAAGCCUUCAGGACUGCGGGGAUCCCCCGAGAGGCGGCUCACCCCUGAUUAUCAACAACCCGCUUCACACGCCCUUGGGGCCGGUGGUGGUCUUCAGCAGCACUAGCCUGUGA